UGGCGUCCCAAGAUGGCGUCGUGGCUGCCGGAGACUCUGUUUGAAAUUGUAGGACAAGGCCCGGCGCCGAGCAAAGACUAUUACCAGUUGUUGGUCACUCGGACUCAGGCAAGUGCGAGCCGCGGGUUCCUGUCUCUCCUGACCCCCUUCCCCGCCCGGCCGGGCCCCGCGAUGCGGCCCGCUCCAGGCAAACAGCCACCGUGGCCUGCCGGAAGCGCCGCGUCUCAGCUCACAACGAGAGAUCUCCCCUCGUCACCUCUGCUCCGCGGCCUGAAAGUCGGUUCUCUCCCCGAGGCCGUCUCGUCGCUGGCGAGCCUUCCUUGCCUCCCCACCCCCAAUGCCGACCGCUUCCCUUCCUACCUCCCGGCUUCCUACCCGCUGCGUUCCCUCCGCGCGCCAGAGAAAAACAGGCGUCCCUGCUUGCGUGCCGCCUCACCUCAGCGUGGGAAGGAGGGAAAGAAAGACUCAGCCAAGUGUCCCAAGGAGGAGCCGGCAGGGGGAGAAAGGGACGGUCUCUUCCAGGAUGAUCUUUAGAUGGUGGAAGAUUUCUCUGAGAAGCGAGUUUCGGACAGCAAAACCUGGAGAGAUAAAGGAAACCCAUGAAGACUUCCUAGACAACUCUAAUCUUCAAGUACAAAUCGCCUUAGUAUUUGGUGCAAGAGUAUUAGACUAUGUCUUCAACCUGUGCCAAGGUAAAUUUGACUACCUGGAGCGGCUAUCGGACAAACUGCUGCUGAAGAUCAUCUACUACCUGGACCUCGAGGAUAUUGCCAGGCUCUCGCAGACAUCCAGCAGGUUUGCCAAGCUGUGCAAGUCUGACUCGCUGUGGGAGCAGAUAGUUCAUUCAUUCUGUGACACCAUCACCCCUGACAUGAGGGCCCUGGCUACGGAUGUGGGCUGGAGACAGGUGUUCUUCACCAACAAGAUCCAGCUGCAGAGGCAGAUCCGCAAGAAGAAGCAGAGACACGGAAAGCACAAGGAGAAGCAUAUUUAGGGGCCACGGUGCUUCUCUUCAGGUCCGAUCUUGUCCUAAUGACAGCCAUUGCCGAUUCCAGGAAUCACCUGAAAAUCCCACUUUGAACACACAUGCAAAUCCGCCCAGCGCCUUGCUUGAGCAAACCACCCCUGUCCUGCCCAGGCCAACCCAUGGCCCACAUACCUAGGGCUACAAGACAGGAAGCCUCUCAGGCCACCACCUUCCCCAUCUCCUGCUGCUCCUGAGGGAAAAGGCGCUUGUUGUGUAUGAACUAACAAUAAAGAGU